UCUCCUGCCUUCUCUCCUACUAAGAAAAAGCAAAAGCAAAAGGAUGAAGAGUCGUUGAAUGAAUUGAGGUGAGAUCAGAACAGAUCAGAUCAGAUCAGUGGACGGUUUCGUGUGGGAACUGCACUGCACAUUACAGCACUGCUGAGGCUGAGAUAUGUGCAUUUUCUUUAUUAAUUUUCCUCAGCUCAGCCUAAAGCUGCAACAGAAUCAACCAUUUUCAGCAAAGUACGCAGGCCCUGCUUAAGGCCAUCCCCAACCUCAACCCCAAAUCCCAUAUCCAAAAUCCUCCAUAUUAAAACCAUACACUUGAUUGUGUUUUGUGUGUUCAUUCAUUCAUUCAUUCAUUCCAAGGCUGAGAGGAUAGGAGAUUCAAGAGAGAGAGAGAGGGAAAGGAGAAGAAAAAGAUAUUCAAUCUUUUUGGAGUUAUAUCGUAUCUAUCAUUAUUGUCCAUUGAGGAAAAGAAAAGAAGGGAAUAGACUAGAAAAGGCGUUGUGUUUUUAGCUCAAGAGAAAGGGAAGGGAAGGAAAGGUCAAUUUCAGUUGGAGAAGGAGAAGGAAGGAAGGAAGGAAGGAAGAAUGAAGAUAAAGAGAAAAAGGGCAGUGGAGAUGAUAGAGUAGAGCAAAAUAAAAUUAAAGCAGACCGACCACUCAUGCUUGGCUUCGGCCCGCGUGCUUCGAUGCAAAGAAAUCGACCCCUCAACAAAUUAUUUCAAGCUGCUCCUGCUACUGCUACUGCUUCUGCUUUCUUGCCUCCCUCCCUCCCUCCCUCUCUCCCUGUUUCUUCUUCAUGGAGAUGAUGAUGAUGGUUAUGAUGAGUUAUCCAUCCAUAAAGUGAGAAAGUAAAGGGAUACCCUCUCCUCCCCACCCCAGCCCCAGCCCCACAUCCAUUUUUCUUUUUCAAUAAGUUUAAUUUCUCCAUUGUUUUUGGAUUUUCCUACUUCACGCUUUGUUUGAUUGGUUCCUCUCAAUACUAUUAGAUUCUCUGAAAUAACUGUCUUUCUUGGCUUUAUUAUUCCUCUGUACCACUCCAGUCCAGUCUAGCCCCUCUUUCAAAUACUCAUCUCUUUCCCUUCCCUUCAGAACAAGAAUGGUACAGUAGUAAUAUAUUAAGAGUUCAGCUUUGAUGGCUGGUGGGUAAUUAGAUUGAUUCCAUGGAGGAUUAAACCAAAUCAUUACAACAGCACCCUCCAAUGGCUCCUGCUACUGAGGAGAAGGUUAGAACAGGAGCAGGUUUAGUCACUGGUCCACAAACUAAUCUCCUUGAAGGGAUCAAAUUAUUGAAGGAAAUGCAGGAUCAUACUGGGGCUAGGAAGCAAAUAAAUUCUGAGCUAUGGCAUGCCUGUGCUGGUCCAUUGGUCACUUUGCCUCAUGUUGGGAGCCUUGUCUACUAUUUUCCACAGGGUCAUAGUGAGCAGGUAGCUGUUUCGACAAAUCGAACUGCAACUGCACAGAUUCCGAAUUACCCGAACUUACCCCCUCAGCUUCUAUGCCAAGUUCACAAUGUUACAUUACAUGCCGACAAGGACACCGAUGAAAUUUACGCCCAGAUGAGCCUGCAGCCUGUGAAUUCUGAGAAGGAUGUCAUCCCGAUGCCCGACUUCGGAUUUAAGCCCAACAAACAUCCGGCGGAGUUCUUCUGCAAAACCUUGACAGCCAGCGAUACAAGUACUCACGGUGGCUUCUCGGUUCCUCGAAGAGCGGCGGAGAAACUAUUCCCACAAUUAGAUUACUCGAUGCAGCCUCCAAAUCAGGAGCUCGUCGUCCGCGAUUUGCAUGACAAUACAUGGACUUUCCGUCAUAUUUACCGGGGGCAGCCUAAGCGGCAUCUUCUUACGACGGGUUGGAGUAUGUUCGUCAGCGCUAAACGUCUUCGAGCUGGCGAUGCAGUUCUCUUUAUCAGAGAUGAAAAGUCUCAGCUUCUGCUCGGAGUGCGGCGAGUUAACCGCCAGCAAACAACUCUGCCGUCUUCCGUACUCUCUGCCGACAGCAUGCACAUCGGAAUCCUUGCUGCGGCUGCACAUGCUGCUUCUAGCAGAAGUCCCUUUACGAUCUUCUACAAUCCGAGAGCAUGCCCCUCGGAAUUCAUCGUGCCAUUUGCUAAGUAUCGGAAAGCAAUUUAUGGUACUCAGCUCUCAAUUGGGAUGAGGUUUGGAAUGAUGUUUGAAACCGAAGAAUCGAGCAAACGAAGAUAUAUGGGGACAAUUACCGGUAUUAGCGACCUUGAUCCAUUGAGAUGGCCGAAUUCAAAGUGGCGUAGUCUUCAGGUGGAGUGGGAUGAGCCCGGCUGUGGCGACAAGCAAAACCGAGUGAGUCCUUGGGAGAUCGAAACACCCGAAAGCCUCUUCAUAUUUCCGUCUCUAGCUGCCAAUUUCAAACGUCCUUUCAACUCUGCUUUCCUCGGACAACAAACUGAAUGGGAGACUAUGAUGAAUAGGCCAUUCCUUCGUGCACCGGACAAUUCAUAUGGCGAUCUUCCAUGUGCCCCGGCAUCAAGUUUGUGGUCGGAUCAACUGCUGAAGCUCCUUGCAAAACCUCCGAGAAUUCUCUCGCCUGCAAACACUGCGCCUUUCAUGCAAGAAGUUAAAGAAGGUGCUCCAAUAGAGUCCGAGGCUCUAAUGCAGUCAGCAGUUGAGCAUAAAGCCGAGGCCAUUGGACAAGAUGUAUUCCCACAAGGCGAAACCAGUCACAUAUCGAACACGAAUGCAUCAGAUCCAGGAAAACCAGUGCUUCCGGACAACAAUACACACGUGACGGAUCAGGGAGGAAGCCAGUUUCAGUCCCACGGACAGCGCGACGAGGAUAAACUUCCUGUGAAAUCAAUGGAUCAGCAAAAUCUUGUAGGUGAGUUUUCAGCUAUGGAGGAACCUGGUGGUGCUUUACCUUUGCAGACAUCAAUGUGGGCUGCGCAAGCGCCGCUCGACUCCCAUGUUGUUCAAACUCAGAGUUCUUCUGCUGGCACAAAUAACUUGGUUCAGUUUCCGGGACAGGUCGAAUUUACCUCGUAUCCUCCGAUGUGUUUGUCUCCUUGUGGCUCUCUUAGGAACUCGGGAUCUUUGCCCGUUUUUAAGAAAUCUGAUCAGCCUUCUUCGACUUCAAAUGCUGCUGCUUACUCCGUGCUGCCUUCUAUCGGCCAAGAUUUGUGGGAUCCGAAUUAUAACAGUACAAAGUGUGUUCCUGAGCCCAAUCUGCCUACGCUGUUCCCUGUUCAAGACAUGUCGAGCUUUCAGUAUAGUUCGUGUGGCAACCAUAAUGACUUGUAUAGCUGUUUCAACCUCGACGGUAGUAACAGUGGUAGCACAGUGAUUGAUCCGUCGGUUUCUAGUGUGGUUUUAGACGAUUUCUGUGCACUCAAGAAUGCAGACUUCCGGAGCCCGUCUGAAUAUCUUGUCGGAAACUUCUGUGUGAACCAAGAUGUCCAAUCCCAGAUAACGUCGGCGAGCCUGGCAGAUUCUCAGACAUUCUCUCGGCAAGAAUUUGCCGACAACUCAGGUGGGGCGUCUUCAAGCAAUGUCGAUUUUGAGGAUAACAACAUUCUGCAGCAUGGCUCAUGGAAGCAAGUCACUCCGAGAUUCCGAACUUAUACAAAGAUUCAGAAGGCUGGUUCUGUUGGAAGGUCUAUCGACGUGUCGAAUUUCAAGAACUAUGAUGAGCUACGAGCUGAAAUCGAGCGAAUGUUUGGUCUCGAGGGACUGCUGAACGACUUAAGCUCGGGAUGGAAACUGGUCUAUGUGGAUUUUGAGAGCGACGUCCUUCUUGUAGGCGAUGAUCCCUGGGCGGAAUUCGUGGGCUGCGUCAAAUGCAUCAGAAUUCUGUCGCCGUCGGAAGUGAAGCAGAUGGGCGAAGAGGGAAUGCAGCUGUUGAACUCUGUUGGGGUGCAAGGCAUCAAUGGCGGAUCAGCCUCCGCAUGAAUGACAAAUGCAUUCUCGUACUAGAUCUUCAAAUAAGCUGCCUCUCUCAUCUCUAGUUUAGUGUAUCUAACUAUCUCCAUCUAUCUAUCUAUCAAAUUUGCCUUGUUGCUGUCGUCAACGGUUCUUGAGACUGAAAUUUCCAUCGACUUUAUCCA